AGGAGGCCGCCGCCGCCGGAGCCGCACUGCGCCCUCUGCUCCCGCUCCAACAGGUUCACGUUCACCAUGCUGUCCACCCUGCUGACCGUCUGCGGCCUGGUGGCCUCCGGGAUGGCCGCCUGUCCCGACAUCCCCUCCCUGGAGGUGUUCGACGUUCCUCAGUACGCCGGCCAGUGGUACGAGAUCCAGCGGUACCCGCUCAUCUCGGAGCUGGGCUCCACGUGCGCGCAGGCCAUGUACGUGGCCCAGCCGGACGGCUCCGUGCGUCUGGAGAACCGCGGCCGGCGCUCUGAUGGAUCGCUGGACUCCAUCACCGGAUCGGCCUACGCCGAGGACCCCGAGCACCCGGCCGCGCUCACCCUGCUCUUCGACGAGGGCUUCCAGGGCUCGUACAACGUGAUCCGUACCGACUACAACGCCUCUGCGCUGGUUUACUCCUGCACAAACCUGUUCGGCGCCAGGAUCGAGUACGCCUGGUUCCUGUCGCGUGAGCCCACGAUGGACCAGGCGGUUCAGGACGAGUACACUCGGAUCCUGGCUGACGCCGGCUCGGACACCAGCCAGCUGUCGGUGACGCCGCAGGACUGCGGCAGUCUCUUCUGAGCUGUAUCAGAGGGGAACGGAGGGGUAUUGGGAAGGGGAGGGAUAGUGGCAUAAAACGGUGGUGAUGCACGGAAUGCUUUUUCCAUGGGUACAACACGUAGGUGUAAGUAAAGAGUGAUCUUGUUUCUCAUUCAAUGAUCUGUGAAAUAUAUUUUAUUAAAUGUC